AAUAGACUCCAGUGAACAAGGACAGUAGAGAUAUAAGAGAAUAGAGAACAGCACAACAUAGAAACAAAAUGAAACAUUACCGCCACCAUAAUCAACUUGCAACAUCAGUAUGUACAUUUAUAGUGGUGGCAUUGGCCUCAUUGUCAAUGUUGCCACAUUUAGCAUACGGCACAACAGAAGUACAAGAGACACCAUUAGCUCUGCCAGUUGGUGAACAAACACAGCCGACAACAUCGUCACAGGGUGAAAUCUGGGAAGAAGAUGAUCAUGAGAUUUUAAUACGCAAUGAACGUGGCACAAAGAAUGAUGGACUCUCAUGUCGUUAUGGCAAAAAUCCAUGGACUGAAUGUGAUACCAAAACUAAUACUCGCUCAAGAACGUUGACCCUUAAGAAGGGUGAUCCAGCCUGUGAUCAAACACGAACCAUUCAAAAGAAAUGCAAGAAAGCAUGCCGUUAUGAAAAAGGCUCCUGGUCUGAAUGUGCUACUGGUCAAAUGACACGUUCUGAUAAAUUGAAGGCAACCAGCGAUCCAUCGUGUGAAGCAACACGUGUCAUUAAGAAAAACUGCAAACCAGGCAAAUCCAAGGACAAGACUGCCAAGGAACAACGUAAAAAUAAAGAUAAAGGUGCCCGCAAAGGACGUGCCUAAAUUUCUUAUUAAGUCUUUACUACAAGACACCCAGCGACAUAUUUCUGUUUUAAAAAAAUUCAAAUUUUAAACAAAACAAAAGAUCAACCAUGAAUAAUAAAUAAACCAACCUUAAAAUUAUAAGUUUAAACCAAAAAAAAAAAUUAUUGAUAAAAAAACCAA